AUGGAGGCCCAAAGAAAAUACCAUUGCUACCACUCCCUACUUAUUAGUAUUGGCACUCUACUCCUCUUCACAAAUACAUUUAUGCUGUGCUCAUCGUCCCAAUUUGAGCCGGCACCUAACCCUGAACCCGCCUCCUCCCCACCGGCAUAUUUACUAGAACAUGAUUAUGCGCCCAGCGUAGAGAAUAUAUUUGGUCCUCAUGCCUCACAAAUUAUAACACAACUGUAUGAAAACAUAGACGAAGAUGUAACAACAACAGGUGGUUAUAAAAACCGACCCGAUGAUGACCAAUCCGAUCAAAGUAGUAGCGAGGACGACGCUGUUAUGCUUACCCAUUUGAACGACGACACAGAUAGCUUUGAUGAUUUAAUGGAAGAAAUCGAUAGCCAUAAAAAGAAGAAAAAGGCACAUCAUUGCCCAUUAAGAAAAAACGUAUUUAGAAGACCGGACAGUGACGAUUACCUCAGCGAUUAUGAAGUGGAUGAUGAAGUACUUGGACAAACAGAAUAUGAACAACUACAAGAAGGAGAAGAUGAUUCAUUUCUUGAUGAUUCAUUCGAAGUUGUAGAUUAUACUUGGAAGGAUAUACUGCAAAACUCCCCAUAUAAUACCUACCUGACGGAUGAGGAUGGUGUUAGCUCAUUUGAAGAACUCGAAUUAGAUGAUUCUGAACAAGAAGUGAAACUUGGAAAUCUCAAAUUCUUUGGAGUAGAAGACCCCAAUUUGUCAAAAAAAGAAAAGACUAUUAUCGCGCCUACUACAACUAAAAGUAACUUAGAAAAAAAUGGCAAGAACUCAGAAGCAUCUCACAUAAAUAAGGAUGAACAAGAAAAAAUGGACAAAAGGAAACGCAGAACACGUAAACAUCUUAAAAAUCCAAUUGAAGGUUUUUCAGUUACUACUUCCUAUGACAGCUUUUUAAAACAACACGGCUUGAGAGACCAUCCGUCGCAAUAUCAGAAGGAGAGUGGCGAACCUUUUACACUCAACGAAUAUUACUAUAGAGAUGCAAGGUUCGAAAACGUGAGGAUGUACGCAUUAAAAAUGCUAUAUGAUAACAUAAUCGGCCUAGGUAAAAAGGAAUAUCAAUAUUUGAAAGAUAACAAAAAUGAAGUAGAACUCUUUAUCAAAGGCAUUUUGAGAAAUAGUUUCAUAUGCCUUACAUUUUCGGAAGAGGAUCAACUUUUUGAUGAUGCCCACAGGAUGAUAGAUAAAGUCAGCAUGAAAAGCAUGUACGCAUGA